GUACAAUUGUACUCGAUUUUCUAAUCAAACAAAUAAAAAUUCUAAAAAAUCAUUUUAAAUGGAUAGAAAAUAAUUAUGAGCAAGAAAUCAUUGAAGAAUCGAGUUGCAAAUUCAAAAGAUGAAAAUUCGCAGGAUGAAGAUGAGGAGGACUUGCAGACGGCGCUAAAGGAAAUGGUCAAGACUCCCGAUGUAGAAGAAAGACCGGGGACGAGUAGUCAACGUUCCGACGUGCAGGACACAUCUCGAGAUCGGGAUGAACCCAAACUAUUUCCGAAGGUAAAGAAAAAAAAUCAAGUGGAACAAGGAUCGCAAACAGGUGAAACCUGUGAGAAACCUAAGACAUCGAAAGCUAAGCACAAAAAAUUGGAGAGCGAAGACAGUUGGUCUACCCUUCUUAUACAAAGGUUUACCUUGACAAAAAGCGCUAAAGCUACUGGGGUAGUGCCGCCCGAAAAUAGCCAAACUAAAACGGAUACAAGAGACGAAGCACAACCGUCUAACAAAGAGCCAUUAAAAGAUGUCAAGGAAAAGAGGAAGGAAAAAAUAAAAUCUUCUACAGAGUCCUCAAACGAAAGUCUAAUACGAACAGAUCAUUACGGGUACUCUGAAGAAACAACUGAAGAAAACACUUACAAUGGAAAUCAGUUAAAUGAGGACAGAUCGGAAGAAGAAUCGGCGGAGUUUCUUGAGAAAUUGCGAAAAAUAGAGGAGGCCUCGAAGCCCAAAACUUGGAGGAGGCCAACACCGAUUGUAAUAAAACCCAAAGCGGUUUCCUCUACCACAAAAAAGAAAGACGAUGAUGUGCAGGCACAACUACCCACUAAUACUGAAAAGCAUAGGUAUAUUAAUAUUUUGAAGGUUCCAUUACACCGUAAUUUAAAUUAUGCUACACAAGAUGAAACGAAGUCGACGACCACUCAGCUACCCGGAGACAAAGAUACUUCGGCAUCCGACCCUCAGACAGAAUCUCCAGAAAAAGUACUACCAAGUUCAGAGGAAACUUCAGACCAAAAACCUGAAGAAAUACCAGGAGAAAAUCAGGAGAAAAAGACUGCAGAAAUUCCGGAUGAAAAAAUUCGCCGAAAUACAGAUUCGCAGAGAACGCUAACAAUAACGGGUCACUCGCAUAUUACCACAAAAUUGGACAAACACUGUCAUUUUAAGGAGCGGGACACUGGAGUGGAUAAGGUCGCCAGACGAAAAUUAAUAAUCGCUUGCAUUCUGUGCUCGGUGUUCAUGAUUAUCGAGGUUGCUGGUGGAAUUAUUUCCAACAGUCUGGCCAUUGCCACAGAUGCUGCCCAUCUGCUAACGGACCUGUCCUCAUUCCUCAUCUCACUCUUUGCAUUACAUCUGGCUGGAAGGCCCGCGUCUGAGAGACUUAACUUCGGAUGGUAUCGGGCAGAGGUCAUCGGGGCCAUGAUAUCCGUAUUCUUUAUCUGGGUAAUAACAGGCGUCCUUGUGUAUAUGGCCAUUAUGCGGUGGGUAAACCAAGAAUUCGAGCUGGACGCCGUGAUAAUGCUGAUCACAUCGGCGCUGGCCAUAGUAUUUAACGUGAUAAUGGCCGUGCAAUUGCAUUUGGACAACCCGCACUUUACUCCGGGCAAGUUCAAAAGGUCAAAGGUCGUAGGAUUGGAGCAAGGGAGCAAGGUCGGCUUGGGGUCCCAAAAGGACCCUAUGUCGAUGGUGGGAAGGUCAGUGUCCACCCAGUUCCAUGUAAAGGAAAAACAGAACAUCAAUGUGCGGGCGGCUAUGAUUCAUGUGAUUGGGGAUCUCAUACAGAGCAUUGGGGUUUUUGUGGCCGCUCUGAUUAUAUUCUUUCUGCCCGAUUGGGGCUUCAUGGACUCGGUUUGUACAUUCGUCUUCUCGGUUCUGGUUAUUGUGGUUACAAUCAAAAUUUUAAAAGACGUUUUAAUGGUUCUGAUGGAGGCCACACCGGAUUACCUGGAUUACGAGGAGGUCAAGCGGACAUUUCUCUCCAUUCCGGGUGUCGAGCACGUCCAUAACCUGAGAAUUUGGGCCCUGUCCGUUAAUAAGGUGGCAUUGUCCGCCCACCUGGCCAUUUCCCAGGAUGCAGAUCCUCAGCUGAUCCUUGAGGAGGCCACCAAACUGAUCCACAAGCGGUUCGGAUUUUUCGAGACCACCAUUCAGAUCGAAGAGUAUUCGCCGGAUAUGGAGAACUGUGAGCAGUGCUUGAGUCCUCCCGAUAAAAAUGAAAGGCGAAAGUCCGCUGACUUGGAAAAGGGCAUGGCGGAUGGGGACCAAAAGAAGAUGCAGAUGCAACAGCAGCAGCCCACUAAUCCAGAAAACGGAUAAAAGAAGACACGGUAUCCUCUAUUCAAAGGAAUCUUUUCGUGUUUAGCUCUUGUAAAAAAUAUUGUAUAUCUUUUAAUGAUAACAAAUUAUAAUGUGUACCAAAUAUUAUA